AUGAGUGCCAUUCUCUCCGCCGACGACCUCAACGACUUCAUCUCCCCCGGUGUCGCGUGCAUCAAACCCAUCGAGACCCUCCCCGCCGCCCCGCCCCCGCAAUCGCAGUCCCUCGAGACUGAGGUCAUCCUCGACGGCCAGCAGCCCGCGGCCAAUCCCAACGCCCCCGCCCAGAUCUCUCUCACAGAUUGCCUUGCAUGCUCUGGCUGCGUAACAUCCGCCGAGGCUGUGCUCGUGAGUCUUCAGAGCCAUGCCGAGGUCCUCACCACACUUGAUGCGGCACCGGCCUUGAGGGUCGUCACCGACGAUAGUGGCCGGUUCAGGGUCGAGGGCUUGGAGAAUGAGAACGCGAAGCUCUUUGUGGCUAGUGUGAGCCCUCAAACAAGGGCCAACCUUGCCGCAGCCUGCGGUGGGAGCGUCUCAGAGAAGGAUGUCGGGCACAUGCUGAGCAAUCUGUUGCGUGGGCCAGACGGUAUUGCCAACGGCGGGCAAUGGAAGAACGGCUUCACAUGGGUGGUCGACACCAAUGUCGCGAGGGAGGCUACCCUUGUGCUCGGUGCUGAAGAAGUCCUCAACUCGGCGCGGUCUGGCAUGGCCACACCUGCGAAACCCAUCCUGGCAUCCUCAUGCCCCGGCUGGGUUUGCUAUGCCGAGAAAACACACCCUCAUGUCCUCCCACAUCUCUCAAAGGUCAAGUCACCGCAGGCUUUGAUGGGCACCAUUCUCAAGACAACCCUAAGCCGAACACUCGAUAUCGCCCCCAGCCGCAUCUGGCACCUGGCCGUUAUGCCAUGCUUUGAUAAGAAACUUGAAGCCAGUCGGGAAGAGUUGACGGAGGAGGUCUGGGCAGGAGGCGAAUCUCGUGGUCGCGGAGUCCGGGAUGUUGACUGCGUCAUCACGAGCAAGGAGAUUCUCAUGCUUGCAGAGUCAAGGGGACUCAAUUUCUUCGAUGUACCCAAGACGGCACCACCCAGCCCGACUCUGACGCCGUUCCCCGAUCCCAAAAUCCACGACUUCCUCUUCCCGCGUCGACGGUCCAGAAACCCACCUCGCGAGGCCGGUACUUCAGGAGGCUUGUUGCACCACAUCCUUCAAAGCCGAGCAGCGCAAACACCCGGCGCAGAGAUUGUUCACACCCGUGGUCGCAAUGUUGAUGUUGCCGAGUACUCUGUGGUUGUGAAUGGCGAGCCAGUUUUCCGUGCCGCCAGAUAUUAUGGCUUCAGGAAUAUUCAGAACCUCGUUAGGCGCCUGAAGCCAGCCAGACCGUCCCGAAUGCCUGGCGGAAAGCCCUUUGGAAGCGCUCGCAAGCCGGCAGGAAAGGCGGCAUCCCUCGAGCACAGCUAUGUCGAGGUCAUGGCAUGCCCCGGAGGCUGUACCAACGGUGGCGGUCAAAUCAAGGUUGACGACCCCGUCGUCAUGGAGCGAAGGAAUUAUUCCGGAAAGCCAGGUCCGCAGGAGCAAAAGGACUGGCUAGCAGAAGUUGACGAGGCCUACUUCUCGGGAGAAGAGGCCGGCAUCGAGGUUGGCGAGGAAACAUUCGAGCAUGUCGUUGGCGGCAUCUCCCACUCAUACAUAAAUGAUACCCUGGCGCAUUGGGCGGAGAUCACAGGCAUAGGACUUGAUAGACUGGCAUUCACGAGCUAUCGUGAGGUGAUUAGCGACGUUGGUAAAGACACAGCCACAGAUACCGAGAGGGUGGUACAGCUGGCGGGAAAGAUUGGAGGCGGAUGGUAA